AAAAGACUUUUACAAUUUGUUUCUCCUUCACAUACAUUCCGAGUCUCCUGUAACAAAGAAAGAAUAGCGAUAUGAGCAUGUUAGGGUUAACCAAUUUCAUACCCUCAUCAUCACUCUCAAUCCAUUCUCUUCGAUACCAACCACAACACUUUUCUACCAUUUCCAUCACCUUCAAUUCUCGAAAACCACGCCCACUUCCAUUGUCUGCAUCCAACAACAGCAACAGUAAUGGGGUAAAAGAAGAGGACAAAAAUUCACAACAACCACCCUCUUCUUCUGGACAAGAAGAACAAGAUAAACGACCCCUUUUUGGUUUGAAUUGGAGUAGCCUUUUAGAUCGAGAUCCUGAUAAUGUCCUUGCUCUUGGGCUAACUGGUAUUCUCACAUGGGCAAGUGUUCAAGUUCUGUGGCAACUCUUGUUUAUCUCUUUGGCUAUUCUUGUUGCUGCCCUCAAAUACUCCUUUAUUGCUGCUCUUCUCAUUUUCAUUCUCAUUGCCCUUCUCUAAUUCAUUCCAUUUUCUUUCUUUUGUAAUGUCAUGUUCAUAUAUAUCUAAUGGAGAAUUCAUUACAUAAUUAUUUUCCCUUUA